UCUGGGGACCGAUCGUCCGCGCCGAAGCUGCGAUCACUUGACCCAACUGUGGCUCGGGUCGGGAUGCGCAUGGGGUGGCGGAGCGGCGAAGGUGGAAGAGCGCUUGUUUUCGGUACCGACCGGGAAGCCGGCGACCCGCUCCGCGGUACCGGGUUGUGUCCCCAAUCGGGAAGGCUCACUGGCGGUCCCCGCGAGGCGACCGUGCUGUUUGAUGGGUCUCGAGUUUUGGCUGUUAGAUGCGAGGGUUCGCGGAACUCCGUUGGUGAUUUAACUUAACAAGCCUGUGGUUUGAUUUUUAUGUCAUUCAGGCCGAGGUUUCAGGGCAUCGGCUAAGGGUUCCCUCUUGAACGUGCGUGGGGCUCCUGCUAGAUCUGUACGCACUCGUCGUAGUGUGUCAGCCCCAGAAUCCACGGACAGCGAGAAGCCAGAACUUGGUCGGGCUCCCGGGCCAGGCUGUUCUAGCGGCUGGCGCGUGCCGGUUUGCCCCGGGACGCCCACCCUUGGGGGUUCCUUUCCCUCGGGCAGGAGCUGUUUCCCAAAGUGAGAGCUGCCCACCGGAUGCUGGAGAUGGGGUGUGAAUGUGCACGCCCCUGACAAGGAGUGGACGCUCAGAUUGGUUUCGUGUCCGCGGCGCGCGGGGAGACGGAGUUGCAGGAAUCCGGAGGAGCUGCAGCCGAGCGAGUGCGGCCCUUUGGGGUCCUCACCCCGACCCGCUUCAAUGUGCUUGUGAGAACUGCCUGGCCGGGUCUCGGGAGAGUGCAGGCCGAUUUUGUUUCCAAAUGAUCAGAGCGGCGGGAAGUCCUGCGGCGAGCGCGCUGUCCCGGCCGAGCCCAGGGGCGGGGCAGCCAGAGCUGCCGGACUCCCGAAGCUCUGGCCAAGGCCGUUCGCGAAGCGCUUGCAGGCGAGUUUGUCAACAAUCGCCGCGCCUGCGGCAGCCGGACCCAUAAGCGCCGCCCCCGCCGCCGCUGCCCAUUGGCUGCAGCGCCGAGCCACCGCGCGCGGGCCAAUUGAGAACGCAGGCACCCGGCGCCGGCGGCGCGGGGAGGUCUGCAGUGCCGGCCGCGGCGGGCGCAGUGCGCGAGGGGAGGAGCGGGAGGAGGCGGAGGAUGUUCCCGGCGGCCGCGGCCGGCGCAGCGCGGGCCAGAGGCGCGGCGCGCGAAACUGUCGGCUGCCGGGUGCAGCGUGGUGGCAGCGGCCGGCGGGCGGAGAGGCGUGGGUUCUGCGCUGCCCUGGGGCCCCCGAACCUAGCUGGGCUUAGUCUCCUGCGUUGCCUCCACCGUGACAAUCAGAGGGCGCCGGGUCGGCGCCGGGCGCGGGUUGGACGCCGCUGGGCCCGAGCCGGGGCGCGGACGCUACGCUCGGAAGGGAAGGGGCGGACAAAAAAAGACCAAAUGGCCAAGCAACCUUCCGAUGUAAGUUGUGAGUGUGACAGAGAAGGUGGACAAUUGCAGCCUGCUGAGAGGCCAUCCCAGCUCAGGGCUGGGGCCCCAACCUCCCUACAGACGGAGCCCCAAGGUAAUCCUGAAGGCGCAGGGGACCGCUCCCCCCACGGCAGCCCUCAGGGCCCGCUGGCCCCACCGGCCAGUCCUGGCCCUUUUGCUACCAGAUCCCCGCUAUUCAUCUUUGUGAGAAGAUCUUCCCUGCUGUCUCGAUCCUCCAGUGGGUAUUUCUCUUUUGACACAGACAGGAGCCCGGCACCCAUGAGUUGUGACAAAUCAACACAAACCCCAAGUCCUCCUUGCCAGGCCUUCAACCAUUAUCUCAGUGCAAUGGCUUCCAUGAGGCAGUCUCAGGCUGGACCUCCGCAUUUGCGCCCAGAGAUAUGGAUCGCACAGGAAUUGCGUCGCAUCGGAGAUGAGUUUAAUGCCUCGUACCCAAGGCGGGUGUUCUUGAAUCAUUACCAGCCCGCUGAAGACCAACCCCAAAUGGUUAUCUUGCGAUUGUUACGUUACAUUAUCCGCCUGGUAUGGCGAAUGCAUUGACAAGCUCUUCGUGGAGUCAGGACACCUGCAGAUGUUCGCCUGUGCCACCCGACAGGUCCAGCCCGAGGACUCUUGGUGCCAGCGCUACGCAGCCAGAGUUUCUUCCCUGAGAGGUGCGCGGAAGGUGGGCAGCGUGCACCCACGGCAGCUCUGCUGCGCUGGACGCUGGACGCGGACUUUACCCCUCUGUCCCCACCCCACGACAGCAUUUCUGUAGAAGUUUGUUGUGAAUGUAAACGAGGAAGGAUUUUUCUUAUUUUUUUUCUUAAUGUACAGAAUCAUGGUUCUCUGGUUCAAGAUUGUCUGAGAUUGGUGUUUACAUGCUGUGUGUGGAUGUGGGGUUUUUUUUUUCCACCUUCUUUAAUAACAGCUUUUUUCAGAAAGGAAAUGGAAACUUUUUAACCAACUUGUGAAUGAUUUUUAUACUAAAAUUUUAAAAACUUCAGAGGAUUGAAUAAUCCUACCAGUAGAAACUGAGUCACCUAAUUUAUAAUGCUGACUUAGUUUAUUUUUAGAUGACAGAGUUUUUAAACAGGGAGAUGGAAGUAUGAUACGUCACUCUCUUCCUUCAAAGUUCUUUUGAACUUUAUUUCUAAUUAUUAUAAUACCAAAAGAUUUCUUAUAAAAUGGAACUGAUUAGGGGGUAGAAGGUAUGCCAUCCCAUCUUGUAAAUAUUCAUGUACCUCCUUGCAUUCAGUUUUAUCAGUGGCAAAGUUUCUUAUGUCUCCGUGCCUCUUCGCGAUCCCCAUUUGUGACCCCCUUCCAGACCCAGACGCAGGCUUGCGGGUCUGCUCCGGGGUGCUUUCAUGCAGUGUUUUUGGGUCAGAACCAGAGUUAGCACACAUCUGUGUCACUGCCAGCUCUUCCACCUUUGUGUCACCAGCAGACUGACGGGGAUGCAUUCACUGGCUGCAGUUGUCAUUUAGAUGUCAGUGGAGAUGAGACCGAGAUGAGACAGGAGACCGAGCCUGGCCCCCUUUGCACAGUCCGCAGUCACAAGGCACGCUCUGCAGCCGUCCCAGGGACCCCAUUCCCGCCCCAUGGGAAGGAUGUCUGAUGACCAUUUCCCAGGCAUCCUGGCUUUCGCUCCAGCCCAAGCCCCUGGGCUGCAGUACCUGCACUUGGUCCCAUUCCUCUGAGCUGGCUUUGAGGUGGAGACUUAAUCCUGCUUUCACCAGUACCACAGAAAACAGGGCGGAGUCUGAGAUGUCCCUAAAGCCUUUGCUUCUCUCGUUCUCUUAGGACAUUUAGUCUUAUCAGGGCACCUACCUUCCCCUAGGGUCGUGCAGGGCCAGCCUGUACAUCGGUCAGUCAUUUCAAAAUCUGGCAUAAGGGCAAACAAAGAACAAGACAAUCAGACACACACUGGGGUGACCCAGGAGAGACACGGUGAGGGAGCAGGGGAAGGGGGGGCAGGGAGGAGUCUGAACCCCAACCCAUGAUUUUUGACAACUGAUCAUUAAACAACUUUUUGAAAGGAAUAUAGGAGUUUUCCAACACACCAGCAGUACCGGACAGCCGUGGUGUUUGCUUUUUGGCUGACAAGGGAUUCGUGUACUCACAUUAAAUUAAGAAGAAAACCCAUUCAUUUGUGUGUUCGUAAGUUUAUAUACUUGUAUAUAGAUAUAUGUGUAUAUAUAUGUAUAUAUAUAUAUUGUCUAUACACUUUUUCCUUUAGGUAGAAGUGAUAUGAUUCCAAAUAUUCUUUUUAAGCAUUUUUCCCCUUAAAUUUCCAAGUUUUGAAUAUUUUUGAAAGUCACGUUGGAGCUCAGCUCGUUUCUUGACAUGUCUUGAGCCCAGCUAUAGGGCCCCACAUUGCCGCAGUGCUGUGGCGGUGUUGGGAUUGUGGUCACAGCCCUGUAGGCAGGUGCACACACUUGUGCACACGCACACACACCAAAGACAUUAUCUGGGCCAGCCCUUCCCAGAGCUCUCUGCUCGGUGCCCAUCUCUCCGACUUUCCACGGAAUACAGCACAGCCAGGGGCAAGAGAUCUUCCUGCCUCACCCACCCAUGAGCGUGCCUACCUCUAGGGUGGCAGGGGAAGUGGCUCCUGAGGAUACAGGUGAUUCUGUGAAUUGUAGAAUAUUGCAGGAUGGGAUGCUGGUGCCAGAAUUUACCAAGAUGACUGGUUGUCUCUGUACUGUAUCUGUGUAUCAAAAUGCCUCCCUGUGAAGGAUGGCUCCUUACUGGGGGUAUGCCUUCGACUUUUAUUUUUCUUAUUAUUUUUUAAAUUUUUUGUAGAUCCUUUAAAAAAGAAAAAAAAGGAAGAAAAAAAAAAAAAAAAAACCAAUGCGGGUUUUGUGCCUUGAUAACCUCUCUCUGUGAGGUUUGUAAAAAGUGUUCUGUGACUUCACUGAAAUGCAAUAAACCCAAGUGGCUUUGUGGCUAAUUCUACGCAUUUCCUUCCAGAAAAACGCAUUAAAGCAGGAUGGGGGAGGGGAGGGGUGUCGCAAAGCCAAUUUAAAAUUUCUUUUGAUUUAAAAAAAAAAGUGGAACAUGAUUUUCUUCUGUUUCCCCUUAAUAUUGUACAUAUUUUCAACUAUUUAUUAGAUUAGGUUAUUUACCAACUGAGCCAAAUGUUUGUGUGCAAUUGUGUUUCCUUUACCUUUCUUGUAAAGUUUUGUAUAGCGUAAAUGACUAAAAAAAAAUCACUGUUUUUCUAAAACUUUUUUCAGAAUCAAGGAUUGUAAAUAUUGUAAAUUCUUUUUCUGUGUAAUGUGUCCUACUGUUUCAUAAUGCUGUAACUUGUAGAAAUAUUGUAUAUUUAUUUUCUGCUUAUUUAAUGUCUUAAAUUCUUGAAAGUGUUGAUGUGGAUACCCCACCCCCACCCACCUCCCUGGGAUUUGCCUCAGCUUCUGAAGCUGGAGAUGGUCACUUAGUAUCUGCAGACCACAUCUCCUGGCUGAUUUGGCCUCCAGCUUGGUUCCUGGUGUUCGCUCUUGGGGUUUGCUAAACAAAUGUGGCAGGUUACGCCGUUGUACUCUCAAGAAGCAGGCAUAGUAGGGCACACCUGUAACCCUAGCACUGGGGAGGCUGAGGCAGGAAGAUCACUAUGAGUUCGAGGCCAGCCCAGACUGCGUAGUGAGACUCUGUCUCAAAACAAAAUAUUUCCUUUUUUGUGUUUUGUUUUCACUCCUAGAAAUACUUAUCAACCUUCUGAUUGUUCCAAAGCAUCUAGCUUCUCAUAGAAGCAUAUUUGCUAACUCUAGGCCAUAUCUUUAAGAAGAAAAAGAAAGAAGUAUUAGCAGACGGGGAGGAUUUUUCCCAUUAAAAUUUAUCCCUGACAACUCAGUGUUGAAAGAAAAAAUACGCCACCUCUGGGGAUGCUGCCAUGUGGUUGUCCAGGGCCAGGCACAGGUGGGCCAAGUGUCUACUGCUUUGAGAUAGGCUUCAGGGUCACCUGGGGCCGCUUGUCACCAACUGAUGAGUGAUUAUUCUCCCCGCCUGCUGUGCAGCUCCUGUGCUUUGAGGUGUGGAUGAACCAAACUUGCAGAAGAAGCCAGUGAUAAGCUGUCUCCCAGCAUUUGGUCACCAAGUUUGGUCAGGCAGCUGCUUCAGGUCCAUGCCCACUUCCCGCCUCCACCCCCUUUAAUAAGAGAGAGUCAUCAGGGUCCUGCUGGGUGUCCAGAUAUGAAAGUCCAGCAAACCCUGGGGGCUUCCGAUGGGCCCGGGGAUGUCUUCUGUCACCAACCCCUGCUGGUUUAGCCUGGUGCCUGUGUGUGUCCCCUGGGUACACGUGCCUGUGUGUCCGAGGUUGUGACCCCACGUGAUGCUAAAUCAGCCAUGGUCCCAUCCCAAGCAGCUUUGUAGGAAAGAAACAUCCUCAAGUCCCCACCUAAGUAACUUGACCGCUUUCAUUGGGGGAAUUCAGGCUUUAGGAGCUGUUAGGUUUUACGUCCAGGUUCCGUGACCACUCUUCACUGUGUCUGGACUCAUCAGGUACCUACCGUGUAUAAAUAGCACUGAUCCACCUGUGUACUGACCCAUCAGCGCAUUUCCCGGGACCCAGCGUAUGUAGCAUUUUAUAUCGCAAUUUCCCUGGCUUACUUGUGUUUUGCACUGACAAAUUUUGACAGGGUGAUUGCCACUUUACUUGUGCAAUACUGCUGUAAAUAACUGCAGAUUUUUUUUUAAAGAAACUCAAUCUUUUAUGUUCUUAAUGAAUUUUAUAUAAAUAAAACUUUCAACUAGUUUUA